AGUGACGAUGGGCGACGUUCGCCAGACGCAACUUUUGUGCCGCGACUGUUGGUCUUUGGACUUGUUCUACUGAACUUGGGCGUCCUGCCCUCGGAAUUUGUCAAAUUUGGAGAGCAUGAUACGCACAUUUCGGUACUGACUAAAUGGGCGUAAACAGGCCAUUUAACCGGAUACAUGACAUUGGAGUCACCAUUUAUCCAGAAAAGGCAAAGGACGGAGAUUCGUCCCUGGAAGACGACUUUUACGCCUCGGAAAUCGAUGAUUUGGACGACCAGUACGUAAAGGACGUUUACAGAAGCGGAAACAAGGAGACUGAAGCUGUCUUGUGUUGCGCAGGUUGUUUCACUCCAAUUUGCUACCAAUGUCACUUCAACGGCUCCAAGUUCACCUCCAGCCAUGCUUGCAAUGUCUUUAUCGAGGGGACUGAAGUGGAAGGUGACGAGUUUACGGACAAAAUCACAAACAAACGAGGCUCCGUGGAAGAUUCUGAUUUGCAGACGAGCGUAUUGCGCAAAGAUCGCCGAAAUGUAAACUGUGAAGAGUGUUGCAGCACGGUCGCUACUCUGGAUGAAUCCGGGACCUAUCGCUUUAAGAACAUUAUCGCAAACAGACCAUAGACUUUGUAUGUCAUGGGCGCAAAAUGGAGAGCCGAAACAGCCUCUGAAAGGAAUUAGCUCGAUUGUCUGUGGGUACCAUUCAGUGCGCUUGU